AGUCGGGCUGUGUGAUGUGACGUCAUCCGGGCGGGGCGCCAUCACUAACACACGCUGCUUCUUACAGCCGAGCCUGCUGCUUCUUUAUCUUACACCGUUUUCAAAAGAGCACAGAUAUCGUGCUAUUAUCAAGUCGAUUCAUAUUUUCUGGCCAUUCACCUAAACGUGAAAAUGUUUUACACUUGCGGUCCAAAUGAAGCAAUGGUGGUGUCAGGUUUCUGCCGCUCACCUCCAGUCAUGAUCUCUGGUGGGAGAGUGUUUGUUUUCCCAUGCAUUCAGCAGAUACAAAGGAUCUCUUUGAACACUCUUACGCUGAAUGUUAAGAGUGAUAAAGUCUACACACGUCAUGGAGUGCCCAUCUCUGUCACUGGAAUCGCGCAGAUGAAGAUUCAAGGGCAAAAUAAACAGAUGUUGGCUGCAGCAUGUCAGAUGUUUCUGGGAAAGUCAGAGGGUGAGAUUGCCCACAUUGCCUUGGAAACACUGGAGGGUCACCAGAGAGCCAUCAUUGCUCACCUGACCGUGGAGGAGAUCUACAAAGACAGAAAGAAGUUUUCCGAGCAGGUGUUCAAGGUGGCUUCGUCUGACCUUGUCAACAUGGGCAUCAGUGUGGUCAGCUACACACUCAAAGACGUUCAUGAUGACCAGGAUUACCUGCACUCUCUGGGGAAGGCGCGUACAGCACAAGUGCAGAAGGAUGCUCGUAUUGGGGAAGCCAUGAACAAAAGAGACGCAGUGAUCAGGGAGGCCAAUGCCAUACAGGAGAAGGUAUCUGCUCAGUACAUGAAUGAGAUCGAGAUGGCUAAGGCUCAGAGAGACUACGAGCUGAAGAAGGCUGUCUAUGACAUUGAGGUCUUCACCAAAAAAGCUGAGUCUGAAAUGGCCUAUCAGCUCCAGGUGGCAAAGACCAAGCAGCGGAUCGAGGAGGAGAAGAUGCAGGUGUUGGUGGUGGAGCGCUCACAGCAAAUCACGCUUCAGCAACAGGAGAUCACACGCAAGGAGAAAGAGCUGGAGGCCAAAGUCAAGAAACCAGCCGAUGCAGAACGAUACCGGCUGGAGAAACUGGCCGAAGCAGAACGUCUUCAGCUAAUCAUGGAGGCAGAAGCGGAGGCCGAAUCUAUCAAAAUGAGAGGAGAGGCUGAAGCAUACGCUGUGGAGGCUAAAGGUCGUGCCGAGGCUGAGCAGAUGGCCAAGAAGGCUGAGGCCUUCCAGCACUACAAGGAAGGAGCGAUGGUGGACAUGUUGCUGGAGAAACUGCCGCUGAUGGCAGAGGAGAUCAGCAAGCCCCUGUCAGCUGCCAAUAAGGUCACCAUGGUUUCCAGUGGAGGUUCAGAGAUCGGUGCAGCCAAGCUGACCGGUGAAGUGCUUGACAUCAUGACCAGACUGCCUGAAACCAUUGAGAAACUAACUGGGGUCACCAUUUCCCAGGUGGCCCAGACUGGUUGAAGAAAUUCUCCAACAUGACAUUUCUGUAUGCAUGCAUCAUUAAUCUUCCCUAGUAUAUUUUUCUCUCACUCUCACAUUUUCCUCGCGUUCUUUAUCUUACAAAUGACUAUCUUUUCUGUCUUUGACAAUUUAUUUCUUCUACUUUUAUCUGUCUUUUCCUCCACACUGCAUCUCUUUGGUUUUCCCUUUCCCAUGUUUCUCUCUCGACUUACACUUCCUGUCUGUCUUGCCAUGCUGCCAAAACACAAAGUGCAUUUUAAUCUAAACUCCAGGGAAGAAUGCUGUUCUUUAUAUUUUUAAUGCAAUCAUAAGAAGACAGUGAAGUAACGGAUCUGUUGAAUGCCAUUAGACACUGCAAAUUCUGACUUUUUGAAAUGUUAUUUCACCUGUAGUUUUUCUUAUAGAACAUUUUUAAUCCUGGUAGUGCAGUAAGAGCAUUUCGUUAUAUUUGAGCUUUCCAUUAGGUAAGCUUUUGGAAGCCAAAGUAACAUGAAGGGAAAAACAUUAACAAGGAACUGAUGCUGUUGUAUCAUUUGUUUCUGUUGGUUGAAUAGAAUAUACUUUCACUUUACCUCAGCAGUACAUUAUAGCUAUAUUAUUUAGACAUAAUCGUGUAGAAGUUAUAGCAGUUAUCUGCUUCAAAUGGUACUGCACUCUGAAAUCUGAAGGUACUGCCAAUAAUGUCAGAUCUUCAUAUGUGUGCGUUUAAAUGUUUAUUCAAAUGAACAGUCAAGUUGACUUUAUGUGUUAUGCAGAAUUACAGGUUAGUAAGUAUUUAAAAAAUAACGGAUUUAUUUCACAAUUAUUGUUUGAAGGGUUUUUGGUAUAAAGUGUUUUCAUGCAUGAUUGAAGGGUGCGAUUUUAUACAUACAUGCACACAUUUAUAUAUCCUUAAAGGGUUAGUUCACCCAAAAAUUAAAAUGAUGUCAUUAAUGACUCACCCUCAUGUCGUUCCAAACCCAUAAGACCUCUGUUUAUCUUCGGAACACAGUUUAAGAUAUUUUAGAUUUAGUCCGAGAGCUCUCAGUCCUUCCAUUGAAGCUGUGUGUACGGGACACUGUCCAUGUCCAGAAAUGUAAGAAAAACAUCAUCAAAGUAGUCCAUGUGACAUCAGAGGGUCCGUUAGAAUUGGUUAAAGCAUCGAAAAUACAUUUGGGUCCAAAAGUAACUAAAAUUAUGACUCUAUUAAGCAUUGUCUUCUCUUCUGGGUCUGUUGUGAGCGUGUUCACAAAAGUAUUUUCGAUGCUUCAACAAAUUCUAACUGACCCUCUGAUGUCACAUGGACUACUUUGAAGAUGUUUUUCUUACCGUAUUUUCUGGAAUAUAAGUCACAUUUUUUCAUAGUUUGACUGGUCCUGCAACUCAAAAUAAAUCUAAAAUAUCUUAAACUGUGUUUCAAAGAUGAACGGAGGUCUUAUGGGUUUGGAACGACAUGAAGGUGAGUCAUUAAUGACAUUUUAAUUUUUGGGUGAACUAACCCUAUAACCAUGUUGAUCAUGAUCGUAACCAUGUAGUGUACACUAGGAAUAGACAAACUGGGAACCUUGAUACAUUUUUAGACAGUUCUUUUCAUUAAAUAUGCCUAAAGGAGUUGUGUUUCAUAAAAAAGUGGGAUUUUAGGGAGUUCUGAUAUAUGUUUUGUUUAUAAUCAUAUAGUAUUUAAUUCUGGUUACACUACAUCAUAAAAAAUUGUGAUGAAUGUUCUGUUUUCAAGUGUUUAAUUAUCAGUACAAUAUGUUGACUUCAUUAGAUAUAUGGGCAUAAUUUAGAUUUAAUUGUUAUUAACAUGAUAUUAAUGAUGUAUAAACACUGUUAUGGUACUUUAUAGAUGUUGUGCAUAACUCAAACUGUACUACCACACAUUUGUCACUUUUGUAUUUGGUUUUUACAAUCUUCAUGUUUAAUGGUUUAUGACUUUUGAAGUUGGAUGCAUCCCUUGAAGGCUAAUAUGAAGGCUUGUUCGUUUAUUACAGGUGGACAGGUAUUAGUUAAGCCUAAACAGUGAUAUUUGGAUAGAUUUAGUAUGUCAGGGCAUUAGGUAGACCUGCUGUUAUGCCGUGUAGGCUAUGGCUGCUGUGUUCCGUGUAAUGAAAGAAAAACUGUAUUUGUCAAUAGAUCUUUUUCUACUCUUUACAAAGUAUAUAUAUAUAUUAUGUAAACAAAUCACCCAAUUUAACGGUUUCAACAAUUUCAUCUGUUUCAUGCAUGCAAAGACUAACAAACCAAACCACUAUUGUCUAUCUGUGCUUAUGAUGCCUUAAAGUAACCUCCCUACUAAAAUAAACAUUUAACUAAA